AGGAGUUACCUUGGUCUCGUUCUUGCCGGACGGCUCUCGCAUCGUCACUGGUUCAAGGGAUCAGACUGUUCGGCUGUGGGAUGCAGUGAUCAAACAGCCAUCCCAACAGUGCGCCAUACCAGACCCUUCAGCAUUCUCAGAUGAACAUUGCACGAUCAACGUCACCACUACCAUGAAAUCGCACACUGGGAACAAUCACUUCAUUUCCUUCUCAUCUAACCCCAUCCAUGCGCUGUGCAACACUUCCGAGUUGAUGGAGGAAGCAUCCCAUGACAACUUCAGUCUGACCCCCUUUUUCCUGGAUCAUGACAGUGGAUGGGUGGUAGGGCCUGAACAUAGGCUGUUAUUCUGGGUACCACCCGCUUCUCGGCACGCAUUUUACACUCCCGCAACCAAAUUAGUGAUACCCAGAGGAGGUCCUGAGCUUGAUUUGAGCCGCAUGGCACACGGACAACACUGGGAAAAGUGCCGAGAGGGACAUUAGUACCGAUGAUGCUCGUAGCAAUGAAU